AUGGACCUCGACGACGAGAUACCGACACUUGUUGAGCACUCUAAUGACAGGGUGCCGUUGACAAUUAUAUGUGGAUUUCUAGGCGCAGGAAAAUCGACGUUGCUCAAGCGCAUCUUGACCGAACGGCAUGGAUAUCGCAUCGCCGUCAUCAUGAAUGAGUUUGGAGACACCGCUGAUAUUGAAGCAAAAACCAUCAAUGUAUCCUCUCCAGACGACCCAACUGCCGAAGCGUCAGAAGAAUUUCUCGAGCUGGCAAACGGAUGUCUCUGUUGCAGCAUCAAAGACGUAGGCAUCGCAGCCAUCGAGAAGCUGAUGCAGCGUAAGGGUGCCUUUGACUACAUAUUGCUGGAAACGACUGGCUUAGCCGAUCCUGGUCCAAUUGCGUCUAUGUUCUGGCAAAAUGAGGAAUUUGCUUCAGGAGUGGGCAAGGAUAUCGUGCUUGAUGGCGUUGUAUGCGUUGUAGAUGCUUGCUUUGGUCAGAAACAAAUAGAGGAAGACGCUACUUAUGACGAAAUCGGAGAAAGCAUACGGCAAAUUGCAGGUUCCGACGUUAUUCUUCUCAAUAAAAUAGACUUGGUCGAGCCUGUCGAAGCCGCACACCUCGAAUCCGCAAUACGCCAAAUUAAUCCAGCGGCACCUUUACAUAAAACUGUGCGAGGCCAGCUUGAUGUCGGGAGUAUCGUGAACAUCGAGGCAUAUUCUACUCGUCCCAAGUUUCCUGUACAUGGGCAUGACCACAACGCUAUACGUGCCGGCCAUGAUCAUUCCGAACAAAGUCACUACGAACUCCGAGGCAUUUCGAGUUUGCAGGUGACUUGCCCCACUCUGGGUCAGGAAAAAAUGGAUAAGUUAGAUGCCUGGAUUCGCUCGGUCCUGUGGGAGAAUCAGCUCCCAGAAGGGACUCAGUCUUCAGAACUUCAGGUUUUACGCUGCAAAGGACUUGUCAUCACUGAUGCUGGGGAUCAAUAUGUGUUACAGGGAGUGCGGAGUAUGUACGAUAUGUCGUUGGUGGGGGAGGAAGUCGUCGGGGUUCCUGAGCAGGGGAAACUUGUAUUCAUUGGGAAAGGGUUGGAUCUUGUCGUUAGAAAGAGCCUUGAGGACAUCGUAAAUUCAUGA